AAGAGCGCAGAGCUUCACGGGCGGGUCCCAUCAGGACCUUGAUGAGCCCUUUUGUGUAAGGCGAGGUUGGACAUACAAAGCCAUGUGAUUAAUCGACAGAUUCCAUCCGCUGAUUAGUAGAAGUCACAUAUGUGCCGAUAACAGCCAAUAAUUCAUGCAGAUAGUGAAUCCAAUUGACACGAGGUAUACGUCAGGUGUGCUGCCUAUCGGAAGAUCAAUGGACUAUUUCGGAGUGGUUAGGACCUGGCCAGUGAAUCUUGAUUUGGUAGAUAGAUCGCAGUAAGUUCAUCGAGUGCUCGACGUACAUGACGCUGUAUGAAAAUCUGUGGUAGACUAACAAAAGGAUCUUGAUGAGUGGACGAUCGUUUGAUCUUUUACGGAGAACCAAUACCACCAUCAACGGAUAUUAUGACAUAUCAGUGUAUCAUCACUCCUUUGCCUCCCAAAGACAAUCCCUAAGCAGAGUCGCCGACGCUAAGGCCGUAUGAAGCGUAAAAGAUGAAAGUGUCCGUGUGUCUGUUAGGAGCACAGUCGAAACACCUAUGUGCUGCAGCGCCACUGAGACGUGCACGAUCGGUGCUUAUUCCAUUUACAUCCAUACCGGGAUACGUGGGUGAACGUAUAAACACUGGGGAGAUGCGAGCGAGAAUGGGCGCUGACAGCGUGAUAUUACACGCCUACAACUACGUAAAGGCACCACGGAGUCGCAGAGUGGCUAAAUGCAGAACCCGACUUGCAAUAGAAGACAUUUGACUUCAUAUUUACGUGAAAAUUUCCUGCCAUCAGAUCAAGGACUGGAUCUAUUGAGGACCCUGGGCGCGUCCAAUGAGAAUGACUGAUUGGAGGUACGGGUGACUGAGCCAAGAACGAUAGUUGUUGAAGAAGAAAGUUAACAAAGCAACGAGAAAUUCGCAUUGCUCACGCGAGUUCAUCGACAAGAGGCAGUACAGCAGGCGUAAUAUGCGUUUCAGGCUAUCAAUUGGCAGUAGCAGAUUUUGCGUAAAUGUAAGACGUGCUUCGUCAAGCUGUAGACGCCUGAAAUUUGAAUUAUGUAGUACCAGUACAUCCAGUCGCCAUCACAGCGACAGGCAACUGGCUAUACACCACAGAAUGACCAAUUCGAUGCUCACCAAAUACUUGUGCAGGGGCCUCCUAGGCAAAGCAUGGAAUCUUAGUAGAAUAACACAUCGUACACGUAGCGUUCAUGUAGGAUAGCAUAUGAGACUAUCCCUGG